AAGUUACUUACGGCUACGGGUAUGUUGUAUUCUUCUUGAUUGUUCUUACAUUUUUUGUCUGCGGAUUUGUGAUCUGAUACUUUGGGAUUUUCUUGCUCGAUCCAACAACCAAAGAAAUGGAUUGGGGAACUGUAACAACGGAAGAUCUGAUCGAAGCACUUAGGGAAGUUGAUUGGUCAUCACCUCCUCGUCCUCUCAAUGAAUUCUUUUCCCGAUUUACUGUCCCUCGUUCAUCUAAUAAAUGGAACAGUCGCCUCAAGUGUAAUCUCUACUACUACCGGACAAAUUACUUCAUCAUGAUCGUCCUCAUUCUUGGAUUGGGAUUUCUCUGGAGGCCACUUGCUAUCUUUGCUGCCAUGUUAACUGCUCUGACAGUAGCUUUCUUAAAUGACAGCUUCGCAGGCACAUUUAGUGAAAAGGUAACGAGAACUGUCAGGCGGGUUUCUCCACAUUUAGCAGCAAAAAUGAGACCUCCACUAACGCCUGUUAUUCGUGGGCGCCCUUCGUCUAAGAGAGCAAUUUAUAUAUGUGGACGACCUCGCUGGGUGUUUGUGUCAUUAUUCUCUGCUGCUAGUUUCAUUCUAUGGUUUGUUUCUUGUGGGCUGUUGACUUUGUUAUGGGCACUUACGAUUGGCCUUCUUGGUACGGUGCUGCAUGCAAGCUUUCGAACACCUAAUCUGAAAGCACGUCUGAAUACAUUCCGUGAGGAAUUUCGUGCAGUUUGGCGCAAUUAUAGUGAACUGUAGAUUUGAGUUUUGUUGUUGCCGCAUCUCGUGUUUUAGUACGUAGUGGUCGGUCGACAUUUAUGGGUUCAUGAUUUUCUUUUAUGUUAAUAAUAUUUGGUAUUUGAUAUUGGAAAGCCACUGCUAUAACUAUUACAUUUUGAUGCCUUUUAAGAUGGUGAUUGUAUGAUUGCCUCAAGCUUUUAUAAA